AUGUCUUCACCUUCACCCGAGACGAACGAUGACCAGAAACCCGUGCUCUCUCGUGCCGCCAGCUAUACCGAUUUGCCCAAUCAGACCGCGCCUGAAUUCAUCUUAAGACGUACGUUUUCGGAUUGUGCUGUUCCGACCUUGGCAGAAUCACCGACAAAAGAAACCGUGGCUGCGGGGAAGGACAUUCUCCGCCGAACCUCUCUUCGCUCCAAGGACAAGUCGAGACCAGUCUCCCUCUCACGAUUCACACUAUCGUCAUCGGAGGAUUUGAAGGAUAUAGAUUCACAUGUACCUGAAACGAGGGCACCGGAGGCCGCGGUGAGGCCAUCCAAGAGCCGGUCAAUGUCUGGAAGGAUAGUCAGCCUUGCGAGGAAACCAUGGGGCUCUUCCUCCCGGUCUCCAUCCCCCUCUGCAAAGAGAUCUAAGCAGCAAGAUUCUCAAUCCCCAACUCGAUCCAGCAGCCGAAAAACAGAAGAUGAUCAGACACAACCCUCCCGCAGGCGAACCAUUCUCUACAAACGCCCGCGCCGACCUAUGCUGGCUGUUGUGGCCAAGGACCUCGAAGAUAGCCCCGGCUCUCCAAGCAGCCCAUCUAGCAAUUCGCUACGGCGCAGGUCCUCUUUCGAAAAAUUCACAGCAGCGUUAUCCAUUUCGACCCCGGUUUUACCACCUAUGCCCAAGGGAGCCGCAGAAACUGCUGCGGCAUAUGCGAAUUCCGGUACCGAUCAAACACGGAACAAGGAUGAGCUUUGGGGUAUCUUUCGUGGCCUGGAGGCGGAUUUCCAAAAGUUUCAAGCUAAAUCCAUCUCGCUAAAGGCCAACGUCAUCCGUACCUCGCUCCUCCCUUUUCUCAGCCGCCAUCACCUUCACGAAUCAUGUAAGAACCUCAGACCCGAAGACCUGGAUCGUCGAGUCAAUAUUCUCAACAAAUGGUGGAUUGGAAUGUUGGAAAUGCUCAAUGGCAAGCAUAACCAGUCGAUCUCGGGAACCGACAGACCAGUGUUUCUGGAAGCUGUCGUAGGGAUCAUGGCUCGACCGGAAUGGCGCAUCCCCUUCCCCGUGGUCCAGAAUGGCAGUGGGACUACGGAAUCAUUGAAGUAUGCGUCAACUUCAGUGUCGGAAACAUCGGAUGGGUCAGGCUCCUCGGGUUCGGAUUUCCUGGUUGAAUCGAUCCAUCACAACAUCCGAAAUAUCUUCAUCCAAAACCUGCUCUCUCAAAUGGCAUUUGUGGUGGAACGAAUGUCUAUGAGACACGCACCAGCCAGCCUGGUCGCCUUUUGCGGCAAGGUUUGCGCAUAUGCCUUCUUCUUCUGUCCUGGGGUGCCCGAGAUCCUGGUCCGCUUGUGGAGCACGCCUCCCAACAUGUUCCGACGCGUCUUGUCAGAAUCGGCCGGGUCACGUACUGGAAACAUGCGUGCAUACACACAAGAACUCGCCCUGUGCUUUCCUCCGGCUCUCCGUCCCCUAGCAUUUCACUCACAAGCACCUCUGUUGCGGUAUCUACGCCAGAAACCCGAGCUACCCUUGAACACUACCUCUAUCAAUUGGAACCGUCCGUGGAUCGCACGAUGGGCUGGGCGUGAUACGGACCUCUUCUUUGUCUUCGUCAAGUACAUUCACAUCUUGUAUGCUGAGUAUUUGUCCCCGGGGACUGAAAAGGCGAAACGGACACUGGCACCUGGGUUGUUGAUCGUCCAUGCGCAACUCCUGCGAGUGCUGGAGGACACGAUCUACAAACAAUCGGUACCACAGGGGCCCGACAAUUCGCACACAGCCGCUGCAAUUACCUUCGAUGAUUUGAUCGAGUCGCCGGAUGCUUCUGCCUCUGCUCAACAUCUCCGAAGUGGCAGCAACACUCAUCGGUCGAUGUCAGAGAACCGUCUGAUCAUCCUUCUCCGAGACCUCCUGUCUGAAUCAUCCGUGGAACCGAAUCGUGCCCGAUUGUUGUUUGCUGAAUCAUUUUGUGGCAUCAUCAAGGCUGCAGCGCAGAAAACGUCUCUCUUUGAUCAUAACGCGUGCUUUUUGUUAUGUGACUUCCUCGAGGAGGUCAUCCCAAUCAUCACACGGUAUGCCCAGUCAAUUGAAUCGGAAUUGUUUGAUUGGGGCUUUUGGCUCGAUGCUUGUCGCCAAAUGAUGCAGAGCCACAAUUCGCUCACUGAGGUGCGAGUGUUCUCUUUCCUCUUCUGCAUUUGGGGUACCUGGACUGCUACAGAGGAAAGAAAAGCAUCUAUGUGCGUGAAUUUAUUGUUGCAUGAGUCAGUAUUCUACCAUUACUUCAACCACUGGAGUCCCAUGGUGCGAGCCUAUUUCCAUCGUUUGUUGUGUUGGAGAGUCGCGCGAUUUAAUACUGAACCCUCAUCACUUGACACCAACGUCUAUGAAAUUCUUUCAGAUCGACUCCUCCGAGUCUGGGAGUAUUAUGUUGGGUUCCAGUCCAAGGCCGAAGAAGACAUGACAGCUCCUUUGUCCUCUGCCCCUUGCACACCUGCUCCAGGUCGAAGAAUCAUCAUUAUCCGAUGCGAAAACCAACUGUCUCCUGUCAAUCUUUUUGUCAGUUUCGACCGAGUCGUGCCACCUGCUCCUUCGGAGCAACUCACAUCAAACCGUCGAACUGGAUCUUCCGACCCCAAUGGCCCAGAUGGUCAGCCACCUAAAAGACGGUGGGGAAUACUCAAGGCUAUGUUUGGCAGCUCUUCUACCACACGUUCCGGUGAUGGCGUCAGCAGCAGCAGUUCUGAUGACUCUGAGAAUGGCGCAUCAGACCCAACAAUGACUGCUGACAGCAAAUGUCUGGAUGAACACGAACAAACUCCGACCCGCGGUACGGGCGAGAUCAUCCGCCCCAAAGCUCCCCACCAGCCAUUCUUUUUUAAAUUCUCUUUGGAGUGGAUGGAUCGGCCUCAUUGGCCCACCAAAAACAAACGUCUUUUUGCUCCUUGUCUCCCUGUCGCAUCCCAACUGCACAUUGAGCAUCGGCGUUCUCCCGACAAGUCGGAUUAUGACACAGCAUCAGAGAAUCCGGGCCAGUCCGACUUGGAGAAUGAUGAACAGGAACCAGACACCGUUACCACCGACCAAGAUACUCCCACACAGCCUACCUCUGAUACCGGGCCAAGAAUAGCUACAACCAAGAACUCCCCUUUGCCUGAACUUCCUUCCCAAUCUUCUUGCGACCAUCUUGUGCCUAGCAAAUAUGCAGGCCGUGCCCUUGCGGAGUGGGCACACAUUGUCUCCGAAUGCGACAGCUUUUUCGCCCGUCGUCGGGACGAGGGCGUCCCCACUGAUGGCAUGGUGGAAACCCCAACUCUGGGGGUUGAAUGCUUCCGCAAAUAA